AUGAAUCGACUCAGCAAGGCAGCUGAAGUCCAGAACGGACUUCAUAGUCAAGGUCUACCCUCACCCACUCUUGCCUGGAUUCAAAAUGCACUUCCCAACCGGGAUCCUCUGCCACCCCUACUGGCUCUUAUUGCCACGGUCAAAGCACGGCUCAUGGCUGCUGACAUCACAAACGCCGUCUUGGAUUCUUCAGCACCAUCUUUCCCUGCCAACAUUGCCAACCCAGAAGUCAAAGAAACCAAGCUGGAAAGGGAUGUAUUAGUUCAGGUACUGGAUAUUGAUAACCUUACCAAGAGUAAAUGGGAGCAAGUCGAGGAAUUAGAGGCCAUUGCUCGAGGAGAGCAAACCACAGGCCGAGAAAUGAUUCGCCUUCCCACUAACGGUGAGGAAGAAGAAGAACUGGGGUACGGUAGUUUGGCCACGCAGAAUCUUUCUACUGCAAGGCCUGGUGGGAGAGGAGGCGCUGCGGGAUCCGGGACGCCGAAGAACUCGACGCACCGACUUGUUCUGCAGGACUGCAAGGGGAAUAAGGUCUAUGGUCUGGAGUUGAAGCGGAUUGAUAAAAUUGGCAUCGGCACUCUCAAUAUUGGCGAGAAAAUAAUUGUCAAGAAGGGGGCCAUCGUUGCGCGAGGGGUUCUCCUCCUUGAGCCGUCGACGUGCGUCAUCAUGGGUGGUAAGAUUGAUGCGUGGCAGAAGGCUUGGUUUGAUGGACGGUUGACAAGGUUAAAGGAGACUGUUGGGGCCGAUAUUCGUGGAUAA